AUGUUGAGUAUCAACACUAACAAUUGCAUUGAGAGACAGAAUGAGUCCUUGAAAUACCAGUACCUGAAGGAUCGAAAUAACAACAGCCUCAGUGGAAUGGUUACGACACUAAUCGAGGAAUUUCUACCCGACAAAUACAGAAGGUACAGUACAUCCCACAUUCAAAAAUUCAAAAGCUUAAAGUUAAAGUAGGGAUUAAUGCAAAGAUUCUACAACAUAUGCAACUCAAAUAUCACUGCAUAAUUAUUAACAAUUCAUUAAGAAGCUGCUUUUUUCCCAGGUAUGUGGAGCUUAACACAAGGUGCAGUGAAGGAUACAGGCGCUACAGCUCAGAUGUGCCAAAAUACUUGCACAAUAAACCAAGACCAUUUGUGAACCACUGCAGGCAGCGCAUAAUAUCUGCUGUUGAAGUAGAACCCCAGCAUAUCAAGGAGGUUUGUAAUGGCAUAGAAGAUGGUCAGUUCCAAGUGCAAUCACAGUCAAGCAACACAUGGUACAGCCUGUCUUUUGGUGCUGGGGAUGUCAUGCCACGAUGUAGCUGUCCGGAUUUUUGCCACACAGGGCUCCUAUGCAAGCAUUUUUUUGCAAUUUUCGACCAUUACCCAAAAUGGCAGUGGGGUUCAUUGCCAGAAAAAUAUCGUGAAAACCCCCAUCUCUCACUAGACAGGGAGCAUGUGUUUGCUGAUUUCACUAAGUAUAAAAGUGGUGAAGAAAAUCACAACAUUCAGAUUGGUCAAGACGUACCAGGAAAUCAGCAAGAUGGCAAAGCAGGUGUCCCAAACCAGAAAGUCAAAGGCAUUGAAAGUCAAAUCAGGCAAGAGGCAGUAACAUGUAGGGAGAAGCUUAAAGGGCUAACAUCAUUGACAUACAACAUUGAAGAUGUAAGUGCCCUCAAAGAACUCAACAGUUCCCUUGAAAUGUUACUAAUUAAGUUCACAACCUUUCAAACAACUGAUGAAAAGGAAAACUCGUUACAAAAACAAACGUUGAUUAAAAAACAAUCUGGCAAGAAACAACUCAAAUCAUCUUUUGGAAAUUACCUGCCACUACCUGUGCGCCCCAAGAAAAAAAGGUUUCACAACAGAGUUGGAGAAUUUGCAUCCAUGAUGCAAAAACACUAUAAAGUGCAAAUCCCUGUUGAUGGAGUGUCAGUCAAGACAUCCAAAACAAAAAGUUCUCUCAAAAGAAAGAAAGAAUUGCACAAAGAAUCCAAACAUCCUUCUCCACCAAAGAAACAACGCACAGAAGAACAGAACCACCUUGUCCAAAAUGAAACUAAAACAAGCAAUGAUCCAUCCGCUGCUCAGGAGAGAACUGAUACCCCUCCAACUAACACUCAACACCCAAAUUCAGAAGACCAACCUUUGCAGAAAGAAAUACCGGUAUUCUCAUUGGCAGUCAGCAACAGUCAAUCAUCAACAGUCAGCAACAGUCCAUCAUCAGCAGUCAGCAACAGUCCAUCAACAACAGUCAGCAACAGUCCAUCAUCAGCAGUCAGCAACAGUCCAUCAUCAGCAGUUGGCAACAGUCCAUCAUCAAAAGUCAGCAACAGUCCAUCAUCAGCAGUCAGCAACAGUCCAUCAUCAACAGUCAGCAACAGUCCAUCAUCGGCAGUCAGCAACAGUUCAUCAUCAGCAGUCAGCAACAGUCCAUCAUCAGCAGUUGGCAACAGUCCAUCAUCAAAAGUCAGCAACAGUCCAUCAUCAGCAGUUGGCGACAGUCCAUCAUCAAAAGUCAGCAACAAUCCAUCAUCAGCAGUCAGCAACAGUCCAUCAUCAACAGUCAGCAACAGUCCAUCAUCGGCAGUCAGCAACAGUCCAUCAUCAGCAGUCAGCAACAGUCCAUCAUCAGCUGUCAGCAAUGGUCAAUUUGGUGACUCAAGUACUCCUUCAAACAAAUCUACUCCAGGACCUAUUAUAAUUGACGAAAAUUCUCCUGAUCCUCCAUCAUGGUUGACAAUAGAAAAUUGUGACCCUGAGGAUCCAAAUUACAAACUUAAUCUGUAUAUAGAAAACAAGACAAGAAUUUUACAGAAGACCACCUGGCUCUCGGAUUCUGAAAUCCAUGCAGGGCAAAUGCUCCUCAAGAGGGAUUAUCCCUUCGUGGACGGGCUAUGUGAUCCACCAAUAAAAGGGUCCCUUGUUGUCCCUGCAACAUCAGAGUUCAUUCAGAUCAUCAAUACUGGGAACCACUGGGUGUGUCUAAGUACAAUUUCAACAACAUCCAGUCCCGACACUGUCAAGAUUUUCGAUAGCCUUUAUCAGAAUACUAAUUCAACAGCAGUAGAGCAUGCCUGUCGCAUGUUCAUGUAUCCUGGAGACAAAGUCACCUUUAUCAAUGAGAAAGUCCAGCGACAAGUUGGAGGUAGUGACUGUGGUCUGUUUUCGCUGGCAUUUGCAACUGAUUUGUGUCAUGGUAUAGAUCCCACAAAUCAGAAGUAUAACCAAGGAUCUAUGCGACAGCAUUAUGUCACCUGCCUAGAAAAUGGAGCCAUGUCACCAUUCCCCAAAACUGAAAAGAGAGUGCCACGUUACUUGGGCAGUAUCAAGUCAUCUGUUGCUAUUUACUGUGUGUGUAGGCUACCAUAUGACAGAGAAGAAUAUGUUCAGUGCAGCAAUGGAAAUUGCAAAAAAUGGUAUCAUCCCACCUGUGUUAAAAUACCAGCCUGGGCAAUAAACAGCAACCGUAAGUGGAGAUGCAACAAAUGCGAAGAGGAUGCAAAAGUUGCAUCUUCCUCAAGAAAUUAA